CGCGCUCGACCGAGCGCCGACGCGACGGCGCCGAGCGCGCUCGGACGCGCGCGCUCGAAGCGCGACGCCCGCGCGACGCGACGCGAGCGACGCGACGCGACCGGCGACGCGUCGGAACGCCUUCGCCUGGGUGUUGAACCAUGGUGGGACUGUCGUACACGACGCAAAAGAGCGUCGUCAUUCGCUCGUGGCGACUCGGCGCGCUGUAUUACGCCAUCGUCGGCGUCGUUCUGAGCUACGUCGGAUGGUAUCUGGUGUACCUCAAGCACGGCUACCAGCUGCGGUCGCAGGCGGUUGGGAACAUUGGUUUGAAAAUCAAAGGCCAGGCGGUGCUGCGAGACGCGGCGACGGGGCUGGAGACGGUGUACGACGCGAAUGAUUUGGUGAUAUAUGAACCGAGUGGAUUUUUUGUGGCGACGGCGCUGAUGACGACGCUGCAAGCGAGAGGACGGUGCCCGGGAAUGGACGACGACGAGGCGUGCACGGAGGACGCGUCGAUUUGUCGAGCGGGGGCGUUUAGCGCGAGCGGGCGGAUGACGGGAGCGUGCGUGGACGCGGGCGGAAGCUCGGGAGAAAAGCGGUGCGAAAUCGAGGGCUGGUGUCCUGGUGAACCAGAGGACGACCGUGUGAACGUGCUGGAAAAUGUGGGAAAUUUCACCGUCUUUACUCGAAUCAGCGUCGAGUUUCCAGGAAUCCCAAAUAAAAAGGGCGACGGGAACUUACUGUGGACGAACUUGAACGGUACUGAGCCUACGAUGGGAUGGAAUUUAUGGACCUUGAAUGAUUUGCUCGCGAGCGGCGGAAUGCGCGUGGAAGAUAUCGCGAAGAAAGGUUGGGACGGUCGCUUGGACGUGCAGUUUGACUGCGAUCUCGAUCGAGGCAUCGAAUCGUGCGCGCCGAAGACGCCGUAUAAGGUGCGUCAAGUCACCGAUUCGGAGAUAAACACACUGUCGAAAGGCUAUAAUAUCCGUUGGGUCUCUGCGCAUAACGUGGGCGAACCGGCACCGAUGCAAGGCGUGACGUACAACCAAACGGGAAAUUCCAAAGACGUGAGGCUUUUGGUCAAGGGCUACGGGCCGAGGAUUCGCUUUGCAGUGGAUGGAGUUGGGCGUAAGUUCGACGUUCUCGCGCUGUCCACGACCGUGGGUGCAGGCGUCGCGUUCCUUGGCAUCGCGUCUCUCGUCGUAAACGCAGUCAUGAUGUAUGGAUCGGGGAAGAAGUCCAAGCAGUACGAGAAUUGGCUCUUCGCGGAAUUCAAUGACGAUUCGUACGGAGCGACGGAAAACAACAGUUAGACGACGACGCGUCCACGUUUGUAGGAUUAAGUCAAUAUUAGAUGGAGAUGAGUACCUA